ACAACAACUCAACAAAGACGUGCACACACAGUCAUACACAAGUAGAGCGACAGUAGAGAUACCUACCGUCUCCUAUAUUGUGUGUGUUUGUCGUGUCAUCUCCUAUCUCGAUCAUGGCGCAGGCGCACGUGGCGGCGAGGUUCAUGACGGAGGUGGCGCCGCCGCAGGUGGUGUCGGUCAUGCGGCAGAGGAGGAAGAAGGUGCCGAGGAGCCUGGACACCAUCGCCGAGGACGACGACAGGGAGCAGCAGCUGGCGUGCGGGCCACCGUCGGACCACGGCUUCGCGGCGGCGUGGUCGCUGCCGACGCCGACGCCGACGCCGCCGCAGCCACGGGAGCGCGCGGGCGGGUUCGUGGCGAGGGGCCUCGUCGGCAAGUACUUGUCGGACGCCCACGACGGCUGCCAGGCCAGUGGCUGGGAGGGUGGGCACAUGCUAGGCCACCGGCGAGCCGUGCAUGCGCAGGAGCUGCACGAGGUCGGAGCUUGAAGAGGGGGGAGAGAGAACAUCAUCUAGCUGCAUGCAGUGAGAUUGUUUUGGGCUGGGUCCGCCCCUGUUUGUACCACUUCCACACGUGCGCUCAUGCAUGCAUGAUAAUUUAAUUACCUUUAGCUUUAUUACGCGUCAAGUGGAGAGCAUAUCACAAGUAGAAAAGCUUACACACGGUUUCAGUAUCAAGUGUACAAUAAGGUUAUUUGUAGUGGCGUUUUUUUAAAAAAAACGCAAGGAUAAAUCAUAUUUAUACAUGCGGUUCCUUAAAAAAUCGUCACUAGAAAUCCAUAAUUUCUAAAUAUUGUUUUCUUAAAG